CAACUUUUGAUCCAAGGGCGUGGCAUCGACAGCAAUCGAGCAACAGGAUGCUGGCUCUGCCUCUGCUGAUUUUGGCAAUCCUCGCCAGCUGCGGCUACUCCGUGGAGGCCUACUCGAAGUACGGCCGUGGAUGCGGGGACAUUGGAUGCCUGCCCACCGAGGAGUGCGUCAUCACCAGCGAUUCGUGCAGCUACAACCAGCGGGAUGGAAAGGACUGCGGCAACUAUCCCACCUGCAAGCGCCGCUCCGGCGGAGGAUCAUCCUCGGCCUCGAACAGCAGCCCCAAUUUGGCCGCCCCCUCGGCCAAUCCGUCAGGAUCGAGUCUGGGCCAGGGACCCGAGAACAACAUCUUUGCACCCGCCUCAUCGAACCCCACGCUUAACACCUACACGUACAACGGCCAUCAGCAGGGUGGCCAUGACCACGAUGGUGGGAUGAACGGAAACGGAAAUGGGAACGGGAACGGGCACGCCGGAAACGGGAAUGAUCGCGACAAGGGCGGCAAUGCGGGGGCCGCGGGCGCCUCCUCGACGGGCGUCAUCGAUCCGCACUACGUGUUCGGGGCGAAACACCACAUGCCCGUCAUACCGAACAUGCCCAUCUUCCCGUACAACUCGCCCACGUCGGCGCCCUCGUUCCAGCAGUUCCCCCAACCGAAUCAUCCAGGCAGCGUCCUCAACCCCGGCUACCCCAUGCACGGCCUGCAGCCGGUGAACCCCUACAAUCCGCCCUUUGUCUUUGGCCAACUGCCGUUCUACGGCGGCGGCGGACCGACCGGCACCGGCGGUCCGCCCGGCGGCGGUGGAGGCGGUAAUGGCGGCAUCGGCGGCGGCGGCGGCGGUGGCGGCAACGGAGGCAUCGGCGGCGGCGUCGGACUGCCCAGCUCGACGCUGGGCAUCCUCGGCGGCGGCGGCGGCGGCCUGGCGCCCUACGGCAGCAACUUCCAGGGCUACCAGAGCCAGCACUCCAACGCGAAUAUGUACAACAAGCCGCCGCCGCAAUACCAGAACCAGAACCAACAGAAUCCCUACAACCGGCGUACCCAGGCGCAUCCCUCGGCAGCCGGCAGCUUGGGCGGAGGUGGAGGCGGGAUCCUCGUCCUGGCCAUGGGACUCGUCCUGGCCGGCCUCCUGCCCCACACGUAAUAAGCAGGAGCAGCAGCACACAAUACCAGCCCCGACGACCCCCUGGAAAAUUAAGCCUUUCGAUUUGUUCACCAUAACCAUCACGGAACGAGACCAUUUUCACUGAGCUUUCAUACGGCCUUUUGACACUGGCUUUGUUUUGGAUUUAUUUUAAAAAGCCAUGGUCAGCAACAUUUUUGAAUUUAUAUAUUUAAUGAACUAAGGUUGCCUUGACUUUUAAAAAUAAAUCAAGACCUUUACCCAAUGUCAUAAGGCCUUUACCAAACAUUUUUAUAAUAGCCUUAUGAUACUGUCUUUGUUUUGAAUUUUUUUUUAAAAAGCCAUGGUCACCAAGAAAACGUAACAGAGUUUUAUGAAUGCAAUAUAUUAAAUCAAGUUUGGGUUGCCUUGACUUUUAAAAAUAAAUCUAGGCAUCUAGUAAAAAAUCAAGCCAGUGUCAUAAGGUCUUUACCACAAAUCAAAUCGAGCAGUGGCUCGGCAUUUUUCUAAGUCUUUCAAUCUCAAAUUAAAAACUAUAUUAUAAAAUAAUAAGUGAAAAUGGCAACUCUUCCGUAGCUUAUGUGUUUAAUUUUUUGGUUCUCUUCAUUUCCCGUAUUCUCCUAAUUUUUCUCGUUUGAAUAUUUGUUUUGGCUUAGGCUUAAGAAAAAUGUAAAGGCAAUGGCAGUGGCAGUUAAAUUAGCAAUUUAAUAAUGUAGAAUUUUUAAAGAGUAAGUCAUGCACAAGAAAUUAAGAAAUUUCGUUUACCCCUUUUAGAAACGUACAUAUAUUUUUUCAAUUUCCUGUCAGGUUUAAAGCAAUAUGGAACUUUUUUUUUGUUGCUAGCUGUUAGAAUUCGUAAAUAAUUUACUUGUGGUUUUGUUUGACCGGAAGGGCAUAUGUAUUCUUUUCUUUCCUAGCAGUUCCUUCUGAAAACAAUAAAAGCACUCACAGAAUGAUAACUUUUCGUAGCUUUGCACAACAAUUCAAAGGUUGUAUUUUAAUUACACCAUAAGCUGUAAGCCUUUGCCGCCUCUCGUUUCUCGUAUUUUGGCAUUUUUUCUCGGCAGCCUUUUGCCGUCUGGCCCACACUGCGAAUACGUAAUUUCAAUUUAAUGUUGUGCAGGGUGUGUCUGCGUGUGUGUGAGUUCAAUUGAAUGUAUGUGUGAGGGUGUGUGUGCGAGUGUGUGUUUUGGACUAUCAGUCAAGGGGAACUGCUCGUCGGCCCCUGGGAGUUGCUCUUUUUUGCAGCUCAAUUAAAUUGGAAUUUAAUUUCGGGCUUAGACAGCCAGCCUCUGGUCAAAGGGGGCGUGGCAAAGUCUGACCAACACACAGACACACACACACACACACACACAUGGUUGGGCAACUUUGAUGUUAAUUUCAUUUUUGUUGAUGUUACGAAUUUGCGGCCAGACUCUGGCGAUUCCGGGGAUUUCGAUGAUGUUAGCAGUGCUGCCACUGCUGCUGCAGUCAAAAAUACAUAAAAAUACAGAAAACACAGAUACUUAGAUGGAUAGUGUUGUAGAUACAAGAUACGCAUGUCAAUCAAAAUGCAUAAUGAGCUACAUUCGAGGGCAGUGCACCAAGUGCAGCAGAUUGAUUUUGUUUUUUUUAUACGAUUACGAUUACGAUUACGAAUAUGAAUAAAUAAUCACUGAUGCAAAUUAAA